GGUUAAAGAGCUGGACGUUGACACACGUACGAAGUUCGACUUUGCGGUAUCAAAACAGGGAAAACAGCCAUUCGCGGUCAGUAAAGGGGAGUAAUAAAUGUAGGCAGUUUCCGUGAAAGUGCUUCGAGUUAAAUUUUCACAGCAGAAGAGUUGGGCUUUUAUUUUUAUUUUACCGAAGCUGCGGAAGUUCGUUUUCUUUGAGGUAAUCCGACGAGAACGACGUGACAAUUUAAAGGAAGAGACCUGACCAACACAAGACACAGUCAUGACGGAGACCAAAAGAAAAAGAAAGGAGCUUCCUGAAGAUGUUGCCUCAGAUGACUGCUUGGUUUCAUACACAUACAUCUACAGUCCAGAUCUACUCAAAGAUCAGGUUGCUUUUAUCACAGGAGGAGGAUCUGGAAUUGGACUCCGUAUGGCCGAGAUCUUCAUGAGACAUGGCUGUGACACUGUGAUUGCCAGCAGAAACUUGGACAAGCUGAAAGAGGCAGCGAACAAGCUGUCUGCAGCGACAGGACGACGCAGCCUUCCGUUGUGUAUGGACGUCAGGCAGCCUGAGAGCAUCAACGCUGCUGUGGAUGAGACGCUCAAAGAGUUUGGUCACAUAGACAUCCUUAUCAACAAUGCAGCUGGAAACUUCCUCUGCCCUGCUUCUGCGCUCUCCUUCAAUGCCUUCAAAACAGUUCUUGAGAUCGACACCAUGGGCACAUUCAACACCAGCAAAGUGGUUUAUGAGAAGUGGUUCAAGGAUCAUGGUGGCAACAUAGUCAACAUCUCUGCGACGCUUGCAUACAGAGGACAGGCCCUCCAGGUGCAUGCUGGUUCUGCCAAGGCAGCAAAUGAUGCCAUGACAAAGCACUUGGCUGUAGAGUGGGGGCCCAGUGGGGUGAGGGUCAAUGCCGUGGCUCCGGGGCCGAUCUCUGGUACUGAGGGCUUUCGCAGACUCGGUGGCUCUCAUGCAGAGGCUGCCCAGUCCUUCCAGUCCAUUCCUCUGCAGCGAGCUGGGAACAAGACGGAGAUGGCUCACUGUGCUCUCUUCCUGGCGAGCCGUGCGUCCUCCUACAUGACCGGAGCCAUCCUGGUGGCGGAUGGCGGAGCAUGGUUGACCUCGGCCAACGACGUCUCCAUGCUGUUGGGUAUAGCCUCCUCUAAAUCUGCUAAGCUCUGAGCUGGGGCUCUCCUGUCCUCCUCCUGACUCAGGUUAUUGGUCUGCUGCAAAGAAAACAGACAAGUGAACAAGCAAAAUUCAACAUGUUAAUUAAGUACUGAUCAGCUUAAUUGAUCAUUUUAGUGUUUUCCUCCUGCUUUUUGAUGCCUUAAGAU